CGACGAAGCUGGUGAAAAGGCAGGAGCACGAGUCUCACAAGAAGUGGCUGAGGGAACUGGGGUUGUUUAGCCUGGAGAAAAGGAGGCUGAGAGGAGACCUUAUCACUCUCUAUGACUACCUAAAAGGAGGUUGUAGACAGCCCCAGUGCAGGAGUGAACUGUGGGCUUUAGGCCAAAAGGAGCUGUUUUACCCGCAAGAUUGCUGUGACCUGGGCUGGAGUGCUGAGGAGAUGUCAGUGCUGCUGGGCAGGGGAGAACAGUCGGGGAGCUGCAGCUGAGGAUGAUUCCAGCAUAGAUCCUGCACUGCCCUGGAUGUACCUGGAAGCAAUUCUGACCCCAGUAAAUUGUGAUCCAUGGCUACAGUGCUAAUAUGCCGAAGAUUUCCAAGGCUGAGCAGGGUGACUACAUUUUCGACUGCAGCCAAGUGCAAGGCCGAGAGCGGAAGCAGCAAAAGUAACCAGAUAAAGGAAGAGGACCCAGAAACAGCAAACAGCAGAACCGAAUCUGCGGCCACCAUCCAGUUGCUGAAUCCAUUGGGCUACAAAGUGUCGUAUAAUCCAUCUGCCUAUGCCAAAAGCAGAGCUGCCUCCCAGCACCACGCUGCUAGAAGCAGUGACCAGGCACUUGGGGAUGCUUUCACCAGCCCUGGUGCCACACAGGUCCAACAUUCCUUUGGUGCCACCGCCUCCCAGGCUUUGCCACCUAUCAAAAAUGCCCUGCCAAAGCCCACACCGCUGCCUGAGCAAGGCAUCCAGGCACAUCUCUCUACGGCACAAACCAAGGAGGAAGCAGUAGAGGAAAAAGCAGAGAUGCAUGACUCCAAGGAGGACCCUCGGUUAUUUCAGAAGGGGAGGCCCGAAUACCGAUCUCUCAGCUGUGACAAGUCUGAGCCAGUAGAGACACUUCCUUUAGAAGAAGGUGACUCGAUUUUACACAGUGUGGCCCUCAGUAAGGACUGCCAGGGCCCAGGAACUAUCACAGAUUAUUUUCGCAAGCUGAGUCGUUUGCCAGGGGAACAACAUGCGGCAUUGUUGUCCGAACCCAGAUUUAACAUGCUGUGUUGCUGUGCUGUCAAAAAAAUCAGAUUGUUCAGUACUUCCGACCUCAUCGAUGUGUUAAAGGCUUGUGUUCGUUUGGCCGUUCCACCUACCCACCAUCUGCUGAACGCCUGCGAGAGCGAAUUCUGCCGCCGGGCGUGGGACAUGAACCUGGACCAGCUGCUGCUGGUGGCCGAUUGCUGGCGCUGUCUGGAUCGCAGCGUCCCAUCCUACCUGAGCAUUUUGUUCAGCUAUGCCAACAUGCACUGGAAAGACCUCACUUUGCCCCAGUUUGUUCAGCUCAUUUAUAUCGUCGGUGAAGGCCGGAGGUCACCUGCAGACCUGGCGCAGAAGGUGGAGAGCAUGAUUCUGAAGUACAUGGACUCUUUCACUUUGGAGGAGGUGGGCGCUAUCUGCUUGGGGCUCUUCAAGUCUGUCAGCGGGAUCUCUGACCACGUCAUGAGGAAAAUUGCGGACAGGGUCUCCUUGCAGAUGGAAGACAUGAGCACCUACGCUUUGGUGAACGUGCUCAAAAUGCUUCGCUACACACGCAUGGACCACUUGCCCCUCUUGAAGGAACUUGGAAAGGUUAUUCCCGCUCGGAUUCCUGUGGUAAACAUCCAGGGCAUCAUGCACAUCACUCUUAGCUGCUCAGCCCUACACUACUUUGAUGAAGGCAUUAUGACUGCUGUAGCCAUGUCUUUGCCUUCUAAGGUGACUUACUGCCGAAGCAAAGAUGCUGCCAAGUUCUUGUGGUCAUUUGGAUGCCUGGACUACGAACCUCCAAAUGAGGAGGAGUUUUACUCCUGCCUGAUAGAACAAAUGCAUAGAAAACUCCAUGAAUUCAGAAAGUUUCCAGAGCAUCUCCUUACUGGUUUGCUUGGCCUGGCCUUUGUCAAACGCUUCCCAGAGGAGCUGAUAGACUUUGCUUUGAGGGAUGAGUUUGUCAGGAAAACAAGAAGCAGUAAAUAUGAGCUCAAAAAGGACCUAUUCACCCUUAGUAAGAGUGUUGAGAUUGAGUGCCCAAGCUACCAAGGCAGCCUUCUUCCACCUCAGCUUUGCCAAGAGAUCACCGAGAUGGUGUUGAACUUUGCAGAGCAAGAAAUCUACGUCAGGCCUGAAAUUGUGGAAACGUCAUCUCUUCUCCAGAGCGUAUUAGGUGGCCCUGAGUAUGUGAAGAACCACAUGAUCCUGCCUCACACGAGAUCAAGCGACUUGGAGGUACAUUUGGCCAUGGAUGGACGUCCCAUCCCUUUCAACUCCCAAGACUCUGUUGUGGGUACGAAACUAAAAGACAUCGGUAUUAGUCUGACAGAUGACUUAAUGACUCAGCUGAUAAAAGGGAAAACUAACAGCCAGUCUCCCAUGGAAAUGGAAAAUGAAGCCAGGGAUCGCAGUCAGGAAGAAGCACAGACACCACAUGCUGGAGAUCCUGCAGCACGUUCAGGUGGAGCUUUUCUCACGGAUACUGAAUUGAAAGUUGAGCCUAGAUCAGGGCACUGGUUUGAACCCUCCCUUGCAUUGCCUCAGCAGCCUCAGAGGGUGAAAUUGGCUAUUCAAGUGUCCAACCGAAACCACUACUGCUACUGCUCCAAGCGGCUCUUGGGGCUGCACUGCUUGAAACGGCGGCAGCUGAGGCAGCUGGGGUAUGUGGUGGUGGAGCUUCCAUUCUGGGAAUGGUUUCCUCUGCUCAAACGCACGCGUUUGGAGAAACUGAGCUACCUCCAUUACAAAGUGUUCGACCCAGCACUGCUCAACAGGUCUGCCUAGUCUGGGAUGCUGCUGUCUCAGAGGCCAAUGUGGCCUCCCAGAUCUCUCUCUUGCUCAGAUUGCUGGUUAAAACAUCUCUGAGCAUUGGUUAAGUUGUUAUAGGUGCUUUGUGUGCUCAGGCUGCCUUGCAUUAGCCAGUUCUGCUCAGCUGACAAUCACAUGUCCCAUGCUCUGCUUUUGUACAUAGAUCCCUAGAUGCUUCCAUAACAAAUAAAAACUACUGUCCUAUUCAUUUUUCUCCGUGAUUACUUAUUUGUCCACCCACAGUGAAAAUGGAUGCAUUUCAGAGAAGCAUA